AUGGCACGCAUGCCGCAGCGAGAGCGCAAGAACCAGGCCAAGGAAGAAGCGGCGCCGUACAAAAAGGGCGGAAGAAAAGGCGCGAAUAAGGGGGAUGGAAAGGACGGCAACAACGGCACAAGAGGUGGGCGUGGCAAAGGCCGAGGACUUGGAAAGGGUCGAGGUAGCCGUGGCGAGAAGAAGAAACCCACAACUGCCGACGACUUGGACGCUGACAUGGACAAGUACUGGGGAAAGAGCUCAGAGCACGCUCAAAAGAAACUGGAUGGCGAUAUGGAUGACUACUGGAAGAAGAAGGGCGAAGCAGUGGUCGAAUCCAGCGCCGAAGGCGACGCGGCAACACCUACAACCAAUGCAGAUGCCGACAAGGUGGAAUAA